UUUCCACUACGCAGUCGCUCGGAAGCCUUUGUUUCGUCUCAAUAUGUGCUGCAGCUGCUGUGGGGUGACCCAACAAAAGGUCUGGGUCUUCGGCCUGGGAACCUUUUUCGCGGUCUCCGGACUCCUAGCCAUAAUAUGCUGGCCCGGCUUUAUAGACUCGGAGAUUAUGAAGGCUUUGCCGUUGACACCCACUUCAAAGACUUUUGAAAAGUGGGAGGAGCUGCCCAUUCCGGUGUAUGUCUACAUGUAUCUUUGGAACUGGACAAAUGCCGCAGAUGUGCAGGCUAAUGGAGUAAAACCUACUUUCGCGCAACUAGGACCCUAUGUUUAUCGGGAGGAGAGGAAGAAGAUGGAUCUUGAGUGGCACGACAAUGGCACAGUGACCUUUAACCCCAGGAGAACUUGGUUCUGGGAAGAGGAGCUCUCUGGCGGCAAGCAAACGGAUUUAAUUACAGCCCCACAUUUACCUUCAUUGGCUGCUUCAAACCAAAUGCGGAAUAGCAACGUCUUCCUGAAAUUCAUGUUCAACGAGGCCCUUAAUGCGAAUGGUGGGCAUCUCUUUGUGACCCACACGGCAGCUGAAUGGCUGUUCGAGAGUUUCUACGACGAAUUUUUGCAUUACGCCAUGUCCCUGAAUAAUCCAUUGGUCCCAAAAAUCGAGUCGGAUCACUUUGCCUGGUUCCUCAACCGUAACGGAUCGAAGGACUUCGAGGGUCCUUUCACUGUACACACCGGAGUGGGUGACAUCAAGGAGAUGGGUGAAAUUAAGUAUUGGAAGGGCCAGAAUCACACGGGCUGGUACGACGGAGAAUGUGGACGUCUCAAUGGCAGCACCACGGAUCUUUUUGUGCCCGAUGAGCCCAAGGAGAAGGCUUUGACCAUCUUCAUUCCGGACACUUGUCGUAUCAUAAAUCUUGAGUUCACCGGACAGAGCGAAACGAUCCAGGGCAUCACGGGUUGGAAGUACGAAAUAACGCCGAACACCUUCGACAAUGGACAGAUCAAUGGUAACGCGAAGUGCUGGUGUCCUUUGGAGCGCCAACCAGAUAAUUGUCCUGCAACCGGAGCCACUGACCUGGGACCGUGUGCCGAUGGAGUUCCCAUGUACCUUUCUGCGGAUCAUUUUAUGUAUGCGGACGACAGUUAUGGCAGCACGAUUAACGGCUACAAUCCCAAUUACGAUCAAAAUAACUUUUACAUUAUCAUGGAGCGCAAGAUGGGAGUUCCGUUGAAGGUCAAUGCCAAUGUGAUGAUUACCUUGUACAUAGAGCCAGACAACGUUAUAGACAUACUGAAGGGCCUUCCCAGCUUCUAUGCUCCACUUUUUACCACUGCAAGUCGAGCAGAAAUCGACGAAACCCUCGCCUCAGAACUUAGGUUGGUACUGAAUCUACCCGCUAUAGGAAGAUAUACUGGAGUGGGAUUCCUGUGCCUGGGCUGCAUUCUUAUAGCAGUUGGCACCUUACUUACCAUUAAGAGGAAGUGGUAUGGCCAGGCCGAGUCGGACAAACUGGCUCUCAAGGAUAACGAGGAAACUCCAUAUGAACCGGAAGUUCCGGCCAAUGUGGUCGAACGAAACUUUUAAUUUAGUAUUAACAUUUUUUAUUUAUGAGCAGCACAUGAAUGUGAUUCAAAAAACAUAUGUGAUAAAUAACUCUAAACAUUUUUUGUUCUAGCUUUAAAAUAAAGUACAUCUUAACAAAUA